AUGCGUUCUCCAAUCGACUUCGAGAAGGCCCAUCAUUACGAUCGAUGUCGUGAAAGCUUCGACAGCGAUGACUACCCUUCACCACACGCCAUCGAUGAAUCUGAGCAGUCAUUAACGAACGAUUCUGCUCCUCCCCCACCUCCUCCACCAUAUUCGGCCUUCUCAGUCAAUCGCAGAAGGUUUAUCCUGGGUGUAGUUACAGCGGCAGGCUUCUUUGGACCGCUGUGCGGAGCGGUCUACCUCCCAUCUCUGAAGCUGUUUCAAAAGAUCUUCGAAACAUCAGAAACCGCUGUCAAUGUCAUUCCUCCCGGUAUACUAGAGCGCAAAACUAACAAUCCACAGCCUCUCUUCGGUGCGGCAGCCUCUGACGUUGGCGGAAGGAAAACGGUGUACAUGGUCGGACUCGGCAGUUUUCUCAUUGCCAACACAUUACUGGCUUUGCUGCCAGCACACAUCGCUCUCCUAUACUUUCUCCGUAUCUUCCAGGCAUUCGGAUCAUGUAUCGUCUUCUCGGUCGGAGCCGGUACAGUAGCCGAUAUCACAGAGCCCGCCAGACGUGCAUCCGCCUUAGCAUGGUUUCUCAUGGGACCUCAACUUGGCCCCAUCCUUGGUCCACUUAUAGGCGGUCAGUUCGCAACCGAGACCAGAUGGCGAUGGGUCUUUGGCUUCCUCUCGCUCGCCAGUCUUCCAGUAUACCUUGCCAUCGUAUUCUGCAUGCCAGAAACCUUGCGGUCACUGGUGGGUAACGGCACAGCCCUUGCGCACCAGCCUUGGUUUUCGAUACCAAAGUUCCGGACAAAACCGUGUACUGACAUGAAAGUUCCGAAAGCUCCCCGACCAUCGUUUCGAAAAUUUAUGCACCUUCUCAAGUAUCCUCCUCACUUGAUUGUCUCUUUCAAUGGUGCCUUCCAGUUUGCCGGUCUAUAUGGCAUGUACAUAUCCUUCCCCACCAUUUGGCAGGAAGGGUACAACUGGACAACUGCCAAGGUUGGGUAUGGCUUCCUUUGUCCUGGUAUUGCGAUGUUCAUUGCUUCGAUCCUCGUAGGUCGACUCUCUGACUAUAUGCGCAAGAAGGCCAUCGCGAACAGUUCUGAUGGCAAGGUUGCACCUGAGCGGAGAAUCGCCAUCCAGAUACCCGGAUUUCUUAUCGCAGCGGCUGGAAAAAUCAUGUUCGGUUGGUUCGCACAUAAUCACGUGCACCCAGCAGCUGGUCUGUUCAGUUCAGCUCUCGCAGCAGUUGGUGUUUCCGUCGUCUUCGUCACUAGCACUUCAUUCCAGACUGAGUGUGAUCCUGCUCAGACUGCCAGUCUAGUGGCAUUAGGAGGAUUUCUUCGCAAUGUCGCUGCAGCGAUCUGCGCGGCGAUCAUGGGUAGCAUCCUGGACGGAAUGGGCUGGGGAUGGGCGUUCACCGGCUUAGGAAUUCUGGACCUCCUCUGCAUACCAGGAGUUCUUCUAAUCCUGGUCCGUGGCGCAAAGUUCCGCGAGGCAUUGAAAAGAGAGCAGCAGCUGAAUAAGUGA